AUGGCGUUGUUUACCUCCCGGCGCAACAUUUUGCUCACGGUGUGUUCUAUUUUUCUCUUCGUUGGCGCUGCGGUGGCGUUAACCUAUGGCAUAAAGUUUUUAGCUGACAGUUCUGUAGAAGUGGAUAUCGCAAGAAGAAACUCGUUUAGAAUGUUGGGGAUCUUUCUUGUGGUCAUUGGAGUGGUGGCACUUGUUGCUAUUUUACUCAUUCUAUGGGUGUGUUGCUGCUAUGACCGGAGGGCGCCUUUUUGGCUCUUUGUCUUUGGACUCGUAAUGACAGACGUAGUCCUCAUCGCUGGCAUUGCGGUAAUGCUUAUGUUUGGUAUUACGGCUGUUAUUAAACCUGAGGGCAAAACUUUAUCUGGUGCUGUGCUUAUUUCCUUUUCUUUCCUUUUUCUUGCUGCCGUCAUUGCUAUACCCAUUUUGUUCUCCUGCCGCCGAAAGCGAGAAAGUCAAGAGUUAAAAGCAGAAGCAGAAGCAGAAGAAAGAAAUUUAAUGGCGGUACGAACCGUCACAGAGGAUGCAAAACCGUUAGUCCCUUCUAAUGAUGGCAAGACCUUAGUGUGA